UUUGCCAUUGUCAUAUCGAGGCGACGUGAUGUUCCUGAGGUAAGCUUGGCAUUCCAUUUCGAUCAACAGUUGGCCUCUUGUAGACCCUGUUUAAGAAUAUAAUCAUCCUUUUGCUCUCGUAUAGCAAUACGAAUCAUUAUUCAGUUCAGAGUAGACGCAAAUGAUUGGAAAAAGUUAAUACAACUAACUCAGAAUGAAUAAUACACCAUUCUUUUGGUAUCCUCCAGACCACAGAGAUUUACCCUUGCAUUAUCUGAUCGAAACCAAAAAUGAUGCCCGUAAAGUCCGUAGGCUAUUGCAAAAUGGUGCAAACCCGAACGAGAAAAGCUGCAUAGGUAACACGCCUCUUCACCUAGCUGUUUUAAAUAUCGAAGAAAAUGGAGAGAUCGUCGAGACUUUGAUCGAAGCUGGAGCCGAUGUGAACGUGAAAAAUUGUUACAAGAAUACACCCUUAGAUUUCGCUGUUAUCUAUAGAAAACAUAGAGUAAUUGAAAUAUUGCUGCUUGCGGGUGCGAACGUCAAUGAAAAGGAUGAACUCGGGAACACGCCUCUGCAUUAUGCAAUAAAAAACUGUGUAUUGUUCAAGAAUAUGAAUUCAAAAUACGUCUGUACAGAGAGUAACAAAUUUGUCGACCUCUGGAUCAUCGAGAAACUGUUGCUACACAAUGCUGAGGUUAACGCCAAAAAUAUUUUACAACAGACUCCUCUAUAUCUGGCUGUGGAAGUUGGAAAUCUACAUCUUGUUAGAAUCCUUCUUAAUAAGGGAGCAUCAACACAUGUUUACGAUACCAGGUAUGGUUUUACUCCUUUACAUUUAGCAUUAGACAGACGAACGAUAAAUCUAGCUAUUGUAUUUGAGCUUUUAAGUCAUGGAGCCAAAACUAAUUCCAGGAGCAUAUAUUCUAUCACACCUUGGCAGCUUGCAAUACAGAAAUACUUUUCUUCUCCUUGGUGGGAAUAUGAAAAUGCUAAAAUUCUGAUCAAAACUUUUGUCUUGUUUACAAACGAAUACCGUACAUUUCGAAUGCCGAGUGCAACACCCAGAACUGUGAGCUUAGUACGCUUUUAUCACAAAUGCACUUUUGAAGCUGAUAUCAUGAAAUCAGAUGUUAUUGCUUUGAAGUACACAGUUUACGAUUUUGUUACUAAAAAACACGAUGAAAUGAACUGGAAUAGUGGAUAUCCUGAAAGGAAGGCUUACGAUUAUGUAUUCCAUAAUCUGAAGAAGGGAAUAUAUGCUGUUUAUGUUGUCGAGAUUUUGAACAGGAUCGGAAGAUCAUAUUUGACUGAAGAAUUUAUAAAAACCAAAGUUUAUGCGAAGGGUAGGAGGAAUCAACAGAAAGUGUGUUUGAAAUCUAUUCAUUUGCAGCAAAUAUCAUUGUAUUUGUCGCUUACAGACAUAUUCAAUUUCAUUCUCGCAAAAUCAAAAUGCAAUUGGUUCAAUACAAGUAAUGGCUUCUUACAGAGAAGCAUUCUGCGUGUAUUUCAUACAUUUAGUCCAAAUCUUAUAAAUACUACUUUUGUUUUACGGAUAUUAUAAAAAAAUAUUAUUUUUAAGUUUGAAAUAGAAAGUAUGUUGUUACUCAACUAUCAAAUUAACGCUAAAAGUUUUAAUGUUUGGUAUAAUAUGUCACUAGCUAACACAAAUCAUCUAGUAAUUUUUUUUAAAUUUCACGAUUCCACAUUAACUGCUUUCAUUAAUAGAAUAAUCUUUUGAAGUUUACAUAAAAUAAAUUAUUUUAACAAAAAGUGGUGUGCUGUCAAAGCUGAA